AUGUCUCGCAGAUACGAUUCCAGAACAACAAUCUUCUCCCCAGAAGGCCGCCUCUACCAAGUCGAGUAUGCCCUGGAAGCAAUCUCCCACGCCGGCACCGCCAUCGGCAUCCUGGCCAAGGACGGUAUAGUGCUGGCCGCCGAGCGGAAAGUGACAUCGAAGCUCUUGGAGCAGGACACGUCUGCGGAAAAGCUGUACAUUCUCAACGACAACAUGAUUUGCGCCGUAGCGGGCAUGACCGCCGACGCCAACAUCCUCAUCAACUUCGCCCGCCAAAACGCCCAGCGCUACCUGCUGACCUACAACGAAGACAUACCCUGCGAGCAGCUGGUUCGCCGCCUGUGCGAUCUGAAGCAGGGCUACACCCAGCACGGAGGUCUCAGGCCCUUUGGAGUAUCUUUCAUCUAUGCCGGCUGGGACCCCCAGCGCCAGUUCCAGCUCUAUCUCAGCAACCCCUCGGGCAACUAUGGCGGCUGGAAGGCCACAAGUGUCGGCGCCAACAAUGCCAGCGCCCAGAGCUUGCUCAAGCAAGACUACAAGGAGGACUGCAGUCUGAAGGAGGCAUGUGGGAUGGCCGUCAAGGUGCUUAGCAAGACGAUGGAUUCCACCAAGUUGAGCAGUGAGAAGAUCGAGUUCGCCACCGUCGGCCAGACCAAAGACGGCAAGGUCUACCACAGGCUAUGGAGCGCAGACGAAAUCACAGCGUUAUUGAAGGAGCAUGACCUGGCCAAGGAUGACAGCACUGAUGACAAAUAA